AUGGCAGACGAUGGCCGUAUCGCCACUUUUACUGACGAUGACGAUAUUCAACAUAGGGCGGAAUAUCUGAAAAAUCUUAUGCAAAUCGAUGAUCGAUUUGCGUACCCGAACUUCUAUCCAAAUUACAUGCAUGCCGCCGCGGUGGCUCAUGUGGCUGCAGCGCAAAUGCAGGCGCAUGUCAGCGGUCAUGGUGCUGCGGCGGCCGCCUUGGCCGCACACACACAUCCCCACCAUGCGCAUCAUCUGCAUCAUCCUCAUCACCCGCAUCAUCAUGUGGCGCAUCAUUUGGGACAUGGUCCACCGCCGAAACGAAAGCGUCGUCAUCGCACAAUUUUCACCGAGGAACAAUUGGAGCAGCUGGAGGCGACUUUCGAUAAGACACAUUAUCCCGAUGUGGUGUUGCGCGAGCAGUUAGCACUGAAGGUCGAUCUGAAGGAGGAGCGUGUGGAGGUUUGGUUUAAGAAUCGUCGCGCAAAAUGGCGUAAACAAAAGCGUGAGGAACAAGAGCGGCUGCGUAAAUUGCAAGAGGAGCAAUGCAGUGGUGCUGGCAACAACACAUCGACUGGGGUGGCUGGCGCCUCAAGCUUAGGCGCUGUUAACGGCACCGGUGCGGUAAUGGCCGCUGUGGCGAAUCUAAAGUGUGUCGCCGAGGAUUAUGCCAGCCAAUUGAGUCAUCACAUUAAAACGGAUCCUAAUAGUUAUAAUAGCGAUGCGGAUGAGUCAUCGGACUUGGAGGUGGCAUAA